AUGGUUAUGUUGUCCGAAUCAACGCAAAUAGUUAUGUUCUACAUGUUGGAUGAGGCUUAUCUCACUAAUCAGGCAACCUCUCCAUCGAACAAAAAUGAUACAGGCACACCUUGUGCCACACCCUCAGCCACACUCCCCUCUCUCUCUGCUACAGUAACCGGGCCCACAGUGGGCCCGGUUACUGUAGCAGAGAGAGAGGGGAGUGUGGCUGAGGGUGUGGCACAAGGGCUUCGAAUCACCGCCGUGGCCACGGCGGAGCAGGAGGGAUACGUGGAAACCUCCGACGGCGGCGGCGAUCAGGGAUCCGACGGCGGAGAUUCCGUCGUUGGGAGGACGAAGAGCCUGACCGACGAGGAUCUGGAGGAGUUGAAGGGGUGCCUGGAUCUAGGGUUUGGGUUCAGUUACGAGGAGAUCCCUGAGCUUUGUAGUACUUUGCCGGCGCUAGAAUUGUGUUACUCGAUAAGCCAGAGGUAUAUGGACGAGCAGCAGCAGCGGACGGCGGUGGAUGAGGAGGCGGCGGAGACGAGCUCCGGCGCUCCGAUUGCUAAUUGGAAGAUCUCGAGUCCCGGGGACCAUCCCGAGGAAGUUAAAGCAAGGCUGAAAUAUUGGGCUCAAGCAGUGGCAUGUACCGUUAGAUUAUGCAGCUGAGGUAGCUUCUUCAAUUCAUCAAACAACUUACCUGAAGAACUUAUACAAGAGAAUCAAACACUGCGCUGGAUUUCAACUUUUGCUGAGCGGAUUCUCUACUGAUGCCUCGAGGACCUUGAGAUGCGGAAUUUUUUGCUGGAAAAGACUGGCCGGAAUAUAACGUCAACUGUAGAAAUGGAGAGAAAGAUUCAUCAGAGUUGCUCGGUAGCUCUGAGACUGGACUAAUGUGAGAUGUGUAGCUUGCAUUGUUAACUAUAUACGAGUAUGAUUAUAUUGUUUCGACAAAUGAGUGAAUAAAUGUAUUUGUUCAAAUAAUAAUAAUAAUAAUAAUUCUUCAUCUGCCUUCU